AUGGACCGAACUGUCGUGGUCACCACCGCAUUGUUGGCGGCAAUCGCUUGUACGACCGUACAAUGCCGUUACGUCAGCGCCGAAGACUGCGAUUGGCAGACGUUAUCGAGCGGGGCGCCCGAGCUCGCGAUGACGUGCAGAUUCACGUCGUUGAGAGCCGGCUCGGACGCGACCAACUUCUCGCUAAUUCAUCCCGACACGACGCGGGCGAUGAGUGUCGUGUGCGAUGCCCUGUUCACCGAAAGCCGUCUCGCGAACGGGACGUUCGAGACGCUCCGGCAUCUCCGGAGUUUGCACAUCGAACGCUGCAAGCUGAGCGAGCUUCCGGAGUUCGCGUUCGCGGGGCUCGACGAUCUCAAAAACCUCACCGUGCGGACGUAUAACGGCGAGUGGGGAGCCAUUUCUCUGGGUCUUUCGCCGGGCGCUCUACGCCACCUCAAGAACCUCGAGCGUUUGGACCUCGCGCACAACAACAUCAUCACGUUCCCCCGAGCUCCGUUCUGUCAGCUGGAGUCACUGAAGUCACUGAACCUCACGCAUAACUCGCUGGCCGACAUGAACAACAUGGGCUUCAAUGACGACUGCCAAUUGAACGGUCUGCUCGAGUUGGAUCUGUCCGACAACAACCUGCGCUACAUCGACGACCGAGCGUUCGAGAACCUCGGCAACCUGAAGAAGCUCUACCUGCAGCGGAAUCAGCUGGCGCAGCUCGUCGAGACGGCGCUCUCGGGCCUGUCGCGGCUCCAGCUGCUCGACAUGUCGAACAACCGGCUGAACACCCUCCCGCCGAAGGUCCUGCAGGGCUCGGGCGACCUCAAGGAGCUCUACCUGCAGAACAACAGCAUCGGCCUGUUGUCCCCGUCGACUUUCCGCGGUCUCCAGCAGUUGGUCGUUCUCAACUUGAGCGACAACCAAAUUUCGAGCGAGUGGAUCGCCCCCGAAACGUUCGCCGAUCUGAUUCGACUGGUGGUGCUGCAUCUGAGUAGCAACAGGCUCCGGCAUAUCAAUGCCACCGCUUUUGCUACCCAAUACAGCCUUCAGAUUCUCCAUUUGGACGGGAAUCAAAUCGAAACGAUCGACGACAACGCGUUCGCGGCCCUCUACAACCUGCACACGCUGAUCCUGAGCGGUAACCGUCUCAAGAACCUCGACGCGUACACGUUCAACGGACUUUACGUGCUCAGCAAUUUGGCUCUCGACUCAAAUCUUCUCGAAGAACUCCAUCCGGACACGUUCAGGAACUGCAGCAGCCUGCAGGACCUCGAGCUGUCCGACAACCAGCUGAGCCAGAUCCCGCGGGGACUCCAGCACCUGCGGUUUCUGCGCGCGCUCGACCUGUCGGGCAACCUCAUCGACGACGUGAGCAACCUGACGAGCGCCAACCUGACCAACCUGCACAGUUUGAGUCUGUCGAAGAACCGCAUCGGCAACAUGACGCGAGGAACGUUCGCCAAGUUCCGCUCGCUGAGAAGACUCGACCUGUCCAAGAACCAGAUCGCGGGGCUGGAGCACGGCAUCUUCGACGACGCGCCCGCGCUCAACACCAUCCAGCUGCAGGACAAUCUCCUGCGCGACAUCAACGGUCUGUUCAUGAACCUGGGUCAUCUGAGGUUACUGAAUGUUUCCCGCAACGCUAUCACGUGGUUCGACUACGCCCUCGUGCCCCCGGCGCUGAAACACCUCGAUCUGCACUCGAACGAGAUCGAGGCUCUCGGAAACUACUUCGAGAUGGAGGGCACCAUGCACCUGAAGAUCCUCGACGCUUCGUACAACAAGCUACGCGAAAUCAACGCGGCUUCACUUCCGCACCGCGUCGAGAGCGUCGCUCUAUCGAACAACCUCAUCAGCGUGAUCCAUCCGUUCACGUUCAUGAACAAGGCCAACCUGACCAAGGUCGACAUGACCUUCAACCGUCUGCAGAACAUCGACAUCAACGCGCUCCGGCUCAAGACCACGCAGGAUCUGAGCCGUCUGCCGGAGUUCCGCAUCGCCGACAACCCGUUCUUCUGCGAUUGCGCCAUGGAGUGGAUGCAGAAAAUCAACGAACUUGACGAAUCGAGGCAGUACCCAAGGAUCGCCGAUCUGGACCGACUCGAGUGUCAACUUCCGUUCUCUCGCCGUAGGACGAAAGUCCCACUUCUGCAAGCCAACUCAUCGGACUUUCUCUGCAAGUACAAGAGCCACUGCUUCGCUCUGUGUCACUGCUGCGAGUUCGACGCGUGCGACUGCGAAAUGACCUGUCCCGACAGCUGCACCUGUUACGCGGACUCCACCUGGAACAGCAAUGUGGUCGACUGCAGCUUCUCCAACCUGAACGUCAUCCCGGUGCGAGUACCGAUGGACGUCACCGAACUGUACCUCGACGGUAACGACAUGCCUCAUCUGGCGAGCCACUCGUUCAUCGGCCGCAAGCAGCUGAGGGUCGUCUACCUGAACAAUAGUAACGUCCAAGCGAUCCGAAACCGGACGUUUACAGGGCUGGCGAACCUUCAGGCUCUCCAUCUCGACCACAACAAGAUCACGGCCCUGCACGGCUUCGAGUUCGAGAACCUCACCACGCUCCGAGAGCUCUACCUCUCGCACAACCGACUCGUCUCGAUCAGCAACCGGACCUUCGCGCAGCUCCGCUCGCUCCGGGUCCUCCAUCUCGACAACAACUACAUCGUCGAGUUCCAGGUCUGGUCGCUGAACCAGAACACGCUGCUCACCGACCUCCGGCUCGGCCACAAUCCCUGGAGCUGCGACUGCCGCUUCAUGGAGUCGUUCUACGACUGGGCGCAGAUGUUCGGCGCCAACGCUCUCCAGGACGCCAGUGCCACGAGAUGCAGACGAAAUGACACGCUGGGGCCGCCGUUGACGCUCUUCAACGGCACCGCCUGCUCGUUCAACCGAUCGAACGGAGGAGGCUACGGGGGUCAGAAACUGCCGUCCGACUCGAAAUACCUGGGCAAGGUUUUCAACGACAUGCAGCUCGACAACAUGCUGCCGAUCGUGGGCGUGGCAACCGCGGCUGUCAUUUUGUUUUUCAUCGUCGUGGCAACGGUGGUCGCCGUCGCCUACCGCAAGGACUUCCGGGUUUGGGUUUACGCCCGUUACGGAGUGAGACUUUUCGAACGUCGCCGGGAGGAGCCCGAGAAGCUUUUCGACGCCUUCAUCUCCUACUGCAAGAAGGACGAACCGUUUGUCGCACAACUGCUCGCCCCCGAACUCGAGUGUGGCGGAAGCACGGCACCGUACCGGCUAUGUCUCCGCUACCGCGAUCUCCCCAUGUCGGGAUACGUGGCCGAAGCGAUCACCGAAGCGAUCGAGUGCAGCCGACGUUCGAUCGUCGUGCUCUCGGAGCAGUUCCUCCGCUCCGAAUGGUGUCGUUUCGAGCUGAAAGCGGCCGCCCGCGACGCUCAGAUCCGCGGGACGGGCGGUUCGUCGCUCGUUGUUAUCGUCCUCGACAAGGGUGCCAUGCGUCUGCUGGACGCGGAAGCGCGCUUGAGUUUACGGGACGCUCCCAUCAUACACUACGAAGAUAAACGGUUCUGGGAGAAGCUCCGCUACAACCUCCCGGACGCACAGGCGUCAACCCGAAAGCAACAGGUUACCUGGCCACACGGACUACCUGCCGACGCUACGAUGAACCGCUACAACGUAGUCAACUCGGCUGUCAAACUCGUUUAGUGCCUUUCACGACGUUUGUGAAAUUGAGAAAAUUGCCUGCGUACGAUUUCAUGCAAACACAAGCGCGUCUAUGCGUUUCUAGUGACACUUGCUAGGACGCCUUGCUAGGAGUGAGCGAAAGGAGUUCCG